UAAAUUCUGACAAGGGCACCUCACGUACCAUGUACCUGGGAAUACAAAGGACAUCCCCUCUCUGAGCCUCAUUUGCCUCCCUUGCAAAAUGGGCCAAAAUAACCUCAAGAGGUGCAGUUGUGGGGAAUAAAAGGGAAAACGUGGGUAAGUGCAUGACUUGGUGCAUAGUGAGUGCUUAUAUUUGGAAAGUGGGUUAUCUUUAGAAUCCUCCACUGCCUGGAGAGAAAGACAGGGCAUGUGUUUUAACAGUUUAUCUUAUUUAUGUCUCUGGACCCAAAGGCAUUUAUCUCACGUUAAGAACAUCCUCCUUCUCCCACAAGUUUGAGCAACCCCCCACCCCCCACUCCCUCCUGGAUCCUACUUAUUUUUCUUCCCAUCCACUAAGCAGAAAAAGAGUCUGCCCCCUGGCUUAAUGGAGCAAGAACACCAAGAAUCAAAGAGGCGCAGCCCUGGCCCCCAAUUCCACCAGCUAUUCCAGGGCAGAAUCAAGAGUGGGGUCAACAGUGGAUUGGUGCGUGCCAAAGAUUCCAUCACCAGCUUGAAGGAGAAGACCACCCGGGUUAACCAGCACGUGCAGACACUGCAGAGUGAGUGUUCUGUGCUGAGUGAGAAUUUAGAGAGAAGGCGGCAAGAGGCGGAAGAACUAGAAGGGUACUGUAGUCAACUCAAGGGCCCCUGCCCUGGUAUCCUGACCCAGGAGAACUGCCGGAAGGUGACCCGGUCGGUGGAAGAUGCUGAAAUAAAAACCAACGUCCUGAAGCAGAACUCUGCCCUGCUGGAGGAGAAGCUGCGCUACCUCCAGCAGCAACUGCAGGAUGAGACUCCAAGGAGGCAGGAGGCAGAGCUACAGGAGCUGGAGCAGAAGCUGGAGGCUGGCCUCUCCAGGCACGGCCUGGGCCCCGCCACCCAGCCCUCAGGCUGCUCCGGUCCACCCGGGAGCCCCGACGAACCCCCGCGACCGCGAGGCCUGGCCUCAGGCGGCUGGGGAAUGGGGCCCCGGCCAGGGGAGGGCCCCAUCGUGAGCGAGCAAGAGUUGCAGAAGGUCUCUGCCGGCCUGGAGGAGCUGAGGAGGGAGGUGUCUUCGCUGACCGCCCGGUGGCAUCAGGAGGAGGGAGCCGUGCAGGAGGCCCUACGGCUGCUUGGGGGUCUGGGUGGCAGGCUCGACGGCUUCCUGGGCCAGUGGGAGCGGGCGCAGCGCGAACAGGCGCAGACCGCGCGGGGCCUGCAGGAGCUGCGGGGCCGGGCGGACGAGCUGUGCACCAUGGUGGAGCGGUCUGCAGUGUCUGUGGCUUCACUGAGGAGCGAACUGGAGGGACUGGGCCCAGUGAAACCAAUUCUGGAGGAGCUUGGACGGCAAUUUCAGAGCUCUCGGAGAGUGUCUGACCUCUCUCUGAACCUGGAUCGGGGAGCCCAAGGCUCCUGUACCCGCUGUGCCAGCCAGGGACAGCAGUUGUCCACGGAGUCCUUGCAGCAGCUUCUGGAACGAGCGCUGACCCCGCUAGUGGACGAGGUGAAGCAGAGAGGCCUGGCUCCUGCCUGCCCCAGCUGCCAGAGGCUACACAAGAAGAUUCUGCCCAGUCCAGCAAGCCCAGCGGCGCCUACGCUCCUCUCCCCAGGAGCUGGAGCGCCAGGCCUUGGCCAAACACGUCAGGGCAGAGGCCCUGAGCUCCACCCUUCGGCUGGCCCAAGACGAAGCCUUGCGGGCCAAGAACCUGCUGCUGACGGACAAGAUGAAGCCGGAGUGAGGAAGCAGGCUGAGGGCAUGGGAGGAGGGGAGAAGGUGGCCACUCUGGACUAUCUACACUUGAAAAUGUGCUCCCUCCACGAUCAGCUCAGCAACCUGCCACUUGAGGGGUCCACUGGGACAAUGGGGGGAGGAAGUGGUGGGGGAACUCCCCCAAAACAUGGGGGCCCAACCCCUGAGCAAUAAAUGGCCCCUCAUGCUGGCAUGAA